AUGGCGCAAGCGUGUAACAUGGAUCACAAUUAUAAAUUAGAAAAGAAGUAUUUGGAAUUGAAGAGGCUGGUGAUAGAGAAAACGGAGGAGCUGAAGAGGAGGGACAAAAUAAUAGCUAUACUAGAAAAUGAAAUUGAUGAAAAAGAUACGACCAUUAGAUAUCUUAAGAAUGAGAUUGAUAAAUUCAGACAGGUUGUUAAACCUUUGACAAGACAAAUAAUUGGAAACCAUAGAAACGGAUUAGAGGAAAUAGAAUGUUUUGUCAUGAAAACGCCUGGCAUAGAAAAUACUAGAAUAUUGCCGCUGGGUGAACCGCGACUCAAAAGGACUGCUAUAUCUGCAGAACCGUUGUCUUCACUAUCACAGGAGCAUGAAAUGAAACUGGUGAAGAUACCAAAAAAUCAAAAAGCCUUAGAGGUUAUUCUAAGACAGUCUUUCCAAGAUUAUUGUAUGCCGCCGUCAUUGUAUUUUAUGGACCCAAUUUACUAUAAUUUAAAGAUCCCGGGAGUUAAUCAAGAGCGCUAUCUUGGACAACGACUUCAUGAAGAAUCUGGAGAUGACACAGAUUCGGGAGAUAGUCGACUGCAUGUAUCCCGUGGAGUAUGCGGCGGGCAGCCUAAUCAUCAAGGAGGGAGAUGUCGGCAGCAUAGUUUAUGUUAUGGAGGGUAA